AGCCAGGGCGGAGAGGCAGAAGCAGCAAGUGGCCAGGGAGACAGGCACUUGGAGAACGGGGCUGACUUCGCGCAGGACUCCCUAGCCCUUGCCUGGACGGGGCUGCUGUCCAGGGUGGCCCAAGAGGCAUCCACACAGUGCCCAGCGUCCACGGCUGUGCACAUCCCUGCUGUGGCUGAGCGGCUGCUGCUCCCAGGAGCCCCUGAGUGGGCCUGCUCCCUCUGCCCUGCCACGCUCCAGUCCUGAGCUUUAAGUAGGGGCUGGGACUCCCUGCAGCCCAGCAGGCCUGGGACCCAGGAUAGGCCACAGCCAGCCCAGCCCAGGUUCACUCCCACAGCUGUCCCCUCCUCCGGGAUAAAGGCUUCACAGAACAGGAAAGGGCCUCAGUGCCCUUCCACGUGAGGAGGACACACAGCCCUGGACUCAGGACCCUCCUUCCAAGGGCCAGCACAGAUGCCAGACAAGGAAACCAAGGCCAUGAUGGGCACAGAAGUCACGCCUCGAGGCAAAGCCAGCCCAGACUCUAAGGACUCUCGCCCAAGUGUGUUCCACAACAUCAAGCUCUUCCUCCUGUGCCACAGCCUGCUGCAGCUGUCACAGCUCAUGAUCUCCGGCUACCUCAAGAGCUCCAUCUCCACGGUGGAGAAGCGCUUUGGCCUCUCCAGCCAGACCUCGGGGCUGCUGGCCGCCUUCAACGAGGUGGGGAACACAGCUUUUAUUGUGUUUGUGAGCUACUUUGGCAGCCGGGUGCACCGGCCCCGAAUGAUCGGCUAUGGGGCUGUCCUUGUGGCCCUGGCGGGCCUGCUCAUGACUGUCCCACACUUCAUCUCGGAGCCGUACCGCUACGACCACACCAGCCCCGAGGAUAUGCCACAGGACUUCAAGGCUUCCCUGUGCCUGCCCACGACCUCAGCCCCAACCCCAGCCCCCUCCAAUGGCAGCUGCUCGAGCUACACAGAGGCCCGGCACCUGACUGUGGUGGGGAUACUGUUCUUGGCACAGACCCUGCUGGGCGUGGGUACCGUGCCCAUUCAGCCCUUUGGCAUCUCCUACAUCGACGACUUUGCCCACAGCAGCAACUCGCCCCUCUACCUCGGCAUCCUGUUUGCACUGACCAUGACAGGGCCAGGCCUGGCCUAUGGGCUGGGCAGCCUCAUGCUACGCCUUUAUGUGGACAUUGAUCGGAUGCCAGAAGGUGGUAUCAGCCUGACCACAAAGGACCCCCGAUGGGUGGGUGCCUGGUGGCUGGGCUUUCUCAUCGCCGCUGGCUUGGUGGCCUUGGCUGCCAUCCCCUACUUCUUUUUCCCAAGAGAGAUGCCCAAGGAGAAGCAUGAGCUUCACUUUCGGCGAAAGGUCUUGGCCAUUGCAUCCUCAGGUGUCAGCAAGGGGAGGGACACCCCGUCUGAGCGGAGCCCUGGGGACUCCCCAGAGAAGCAGGAUGGCCUAGCACAGGUGGCAGCAGACCUGACUGUGAUCCAGUUCAUCAAAGUCUUCCCCAGGGUGCUGCUGCGGACCCUGCGCCACCCCAUCUUCCUGCUGGUGGUCCUGGCCCAGGUGUGCAAGUCUUCCACGGCGGCGGGCUUGGCCAUCUUCCUGCCGAAGUUCCUGGAGCGCCAGUUCUCUGUCACUGCCUCCUACGCAAACCUGCUCAUCGGCGGCCUCUCCUGCCCGAUGGCCAUCCUGGGCAUGGUGGUGGGUGGCGCCCUGGUCAAGUGCCUCCACCUGGGGCCCAUGCGCUGCAGCAUCCUCUGCCUGCUGGGGACCCUGUUCUGCCUCCUCCUUGGCCUGCCCCUCUUCUUCAUGGGCUGCUCUACCCACCAGAUUGCAGGCAUCCUCCACCAGCCUGGCACCCAGCCUGGGCCAGGGCUGUUUCCAGGCUGCAUGGAGCCCUGCUCCUGCCCGUCAGACGGCUUCAACCCUGUCUGCGACCCCAGCACUCACGUGGAAUACAUCACGCCCUGCCAUGCAGGCUGUGCCAGCCGGGUGGUCCAGGAGACUCUGGACAAAAGCCAGGUUUUCUACACCAACUGCAGCUGCGUGGUAGGGGGUGGCCCUGUGCCAGCAGGCUCCUGUGACUCGGCCUGCAGCCACCUGGUGUUGCCCUUCAUGCUCCUGGUCAGCCUGGGUGCGACAGUGGCCUGUGUCACACACACACCCUCUUUCAUGCUCAUCCUAAGGGAAGUGAAGAAAGAAGACAAGACUCUGGCCCUGGGGAUCCAGUUCAUGCUGCUGAGAGUUUUGGCCUGGAUGCCCAGCCCCGUGAUCCACGGCAGCGCCAUCGACACCACCUGUGUGCACUGGGCCCAGCGCUGCGGGCAUCGCGCUGUCUGCCGCUACUACGACCACGACCUGUUCCGAAACCGGUUCAUCGGCCUCCAGUUCUUCUACAGAAUAGGCGCCAUGGUCUGCUUCGCCUUAGUUUUGGUGGUUCUGUGGCAACAGGAUAAAGAGGCAGGCACCAAGGCAGCCGUAUGCAGCUCUGGCCCACAGCAGCAACUGUUGCUGUCAGGGCCAGAGAAGAAGCCAGAAGAUUCCAGAGUGUGAGCUGUCCCAGGACCCCACCUGGCCAAGAGUGGCAGCUACAGUGGCACCUCCUCUGGGCUCUUGGGCCAAGAUUCCAAAGGAGCCCUGUGUUCCAAUUCUGGCUCCUCCACUAAAUUGCUGUGUGACUUUAGGCAAGCCACUGGCCCUCUCUGGGCCUUUGCUCCCCUGAACCAGAAACCAAUUGGGUGGUUGGCCGUGUUGGCUAUUUCUGAAGCAAGAGGAUCUUCCCUGGGCAUUCCUCCCCCAGCCAACCAGCUGCCCUGGAACGGGGCUCUCCUGGGUGGGAGGACUGCAUAUCUUUUCCCCAGGCCGCAGGAGAUGGAAAUGGACCAUAGUAGGCCAGGCUGCCCUCCACACGGGGCCCUGGAGCACUCUCUCUGAGCCUCAGCCACCUCCUGUCGGGUGGGAACGGACUAGCCAGCUUUCAGGUUUGUUCAGCUCUGACCAUCUGUGUGGUCAGGAUAGACUCAGGUCUUCUCCCCAAACCCAGGCAGCCUUCAAGAAGUGUCUAUUUGGUGCCCCCUGGAGGCAGAGUCCUGACUGGACGCUGGACAUGCAGGGAAGAAGGAGCUGGUGUCACAGGGGGACAUCCAGACUUGGCGGGGCCUUUGGGAGUUUGGGGAGCGCAGGCAGGGAGCCUUGGCUGAAGGGGGAGACUCACCUCUGACUCAGGAAGUCCCCGCCCUUGCCCUCAGGGAGCCACGGUUUAGGGGAGAGGCCUAGCACCUGCCUUAGGAGCCUGGGAGUGGGGAGGGAGACCCAGGCCCACACUUGGGUAUUUUCAAACUUGAGAUCAAACACACGCUCAGCACGCACUCAUGGUGCUGAGAUUUCACACACGUGCCCAGGGGCCACCCAACUCACUGUGACCUUUGUGAACAGAUUCCUAAUUUCCACAUUUCCUCCCAGUUGCCUGGGGAUAUGUAGAUAAUGUCUGGUUCUGUGACACCCAAGGUUUUGGGGGUGCCACCUGGUUCUCUGUCCUGCAGGGAGCAGUGAGCCCCACUCUGGAUAACGAGCGAUUCUGUGGCUUGCUUAGGUCUGAACGAGCCAAUCUGUUUCUACAUUAGGGCUUGUCUUGUUUCAUGGCCGGUCUUAUCUGGCUGCGAGCAGAGUUUCCUGAUCUGCUCCCAGCCCAGUCUGCGGCCACCACACACCCCACCUGGCUGGGACCUGCUGUCAGAAAGCAGCUGACAGGGAGCCACCAGCAGUGGCCUCCCCGCUGGUGCCUGGUGGAGAAGGUGGGCCCAGGGCAUACUCAGCUCUUGCCUUCUGGCCAUUCCCAGUCCACAGCUUUGAGCCUUCCCCACAUGAAAGAAGAGAGGGUGCAGAAGCUCUAAUUCCCUUUCUAUUCUACUGAUUGAUACCUGUAGGUAUUUAACAAAGAUCUGAGCCUGCGUUUAUCAAUGCCGAGAAUUUCAAAGUCUCCUCCACCAAGAUGAGGCUUUCUGUAUGUUUAUGUUCCUUCCCCUGCCCUCCUGUUACCCAGGUUUUGCAGAAAUAACCUGGAAUUGUAGAUAUAGCUUGUUAUUAAAUUUGUCCUUGCAUAAUGUC